UUACGUUGUGCGCAGAGGGAAAGACCAACCACUUUUCUGUCUCUUUUGCAAUUCUCUGAUAGUUCAUAGUUAUCGCUCAAACAUACCCAACUCCGAUCCAACUCUUAUUUGAAUCUUUGAAUGUGUUUAGCAUAGUUUGCAGUCGUAUCAUAGAUUCACAGACAAUGCCGAAUUGGGCGCUCAAGAGUUGUUGCAAGCAUGACCAGGUCAUGUUCUUAGCGACUAUUGGAGUCUUCACCCUUGUGAUCCUUGCGCUAUGGAGGACAGUACUACUCACGCCUUUUAAGCUCAUUACAGUUUUCCUGCACGAAGCAAGCCAUGCGAUUGCUUGUAUACUCACAUGUGGCAAGGUUGAGGGUAUCCAGGUUCACGCAAAUGAGGGUGGGGUUACACAAACACGUGGUGGUAUAUAUUGGCUCAUCUUGCCUGCAGGAUAUCUAGGUUCAUCAUUUUGGGGAAUGACAUUGAUACUUGCGUCAACAAAUCUCCUCACUGCUAGAAUUGCCGCUGGUUGUUUCGGUGUUGCCCUGCUUGUUGUGCUUUUUGUGGCAAAAAAUUGGACACUUCGAGGACUUUGUAUUGGAUUUAUCAUAUUCCUUGCUGUAGUAUGGGUUCUGCAAGAACUCACGAAAAUCCAUAUUCUUCGCUAUGUCAUUCUCUUUAUUGGUGUGAUGAACAGUUUGUUUUCAGUUUACGAUAUUUAUGAUGACUUAAUAUCUAGAAGAGUCAACUCCAGUGAUGCGGAAAAGUUUGCAGAAGUUUGCCCCUGUCCCUGCAAUGGGGUUGGAUGGGGAGUCAUAUGGGGAUUGAUAUCUUUCAUAUUUCUUUGUGUAUCCGUAUACCUUGGACUCGUCAUCUUGUCCUGAGGUUCAAGGGAUGUGGGAUCAUAAUCUUGUGUGUUCCGUUCUCGCAAAUUAGUUCGUUGUGUAUAUAUCAAUAUAUAUUUAAAUUGAUGUGAUUUGUUUUGGGAACGAUAUACCCAUCCUUCAUUAUUUCUACUCUCAUCUGGUUUACUGUACAAUAUGUAGUGGUGCACAACUCACAAAAAAAAUGCUGUAUAGGUGAUCGAUUAAACAAGUUGAAAUGAAGCCCAAACUUGAUGUGCUUUGUGA